GCUCUGCGCGGGCGUGUCGCUUCCGGUUCCGGCGCUGGUCGCGGGCGGGCGGUUUGAAGGCGGGGGAUGGCGGGCGCGGGGCUGGACGCGUCGCUGUCGCUGCUGGAGGCGGAGAGCAGCCACGGGGCGGCGGCGGCGGGCCCGGAGGAGCUGCCCAUGGUGUUCCUGUGCGCCGGCUGCAAGCGGCCUGUGGGGGACACGCUGGGCUGGGUGGCCAACGACGAGGAGACCGGCUGCGUCCUGCUGCGCAGCGCCUCCCCCAACGUCUCGGUGGAGAAGGAGCAGAAACUCUCCAGCCGGCCCGGCGAGUGCGGAUGCAUGAUUGAAACUUUAUUCUGCUCUGGCUGUUCAAUGACCCUUGGGAACAUCUACAGAUGCACCCCAAAACAUCUUGACUAUAAGCGAGACUUAUUUUGCUUCAGUGUUGACUCUAUUGAAAGUUACAUCCUAGGAUCCUCAGAAAAACAAGCUGUAACUGAUGAUGAACCUUUAACUCUUGAAAGUCGAGCUGGCUUAGAAGAGGCAAUAGAAAGGGCAGAAACCAUACUGAAAGCACUGGAGGCAAGACUGUCUGUAGUUGAAUCAAGUUUUGCAUCACGUCAUAACAGCUGAAAGAAACUUCAUGUAUGUAGCUUAUUACUGGGAACACUUCAUGGAAAGCUUGCUUUCAUAAUCUCCAGAAUCUGUUGGAGUGCUGCAAAAACCUUCCAGUGAAUAGCACAAAAACUUCAUCAGUCUUUCUAAUGGAAUAAAACACUGACUUGUGGGAUGAUGUAUGUAAAAUUAAAAUAUUCCCUUCUGCUGACAUCCAUGCUACCUUUAUAUUUGGUGUGUGUAUAUAUAUAUAUAUAUUUUUUUUUUCUGUCUCCCUGCCCAUGCUCUGGGUAACUUCUACUUAGUUAAAUAGAUUCUCCUGAAGCUGACUAGUGCUGUUUGGAUUUCAGCAGGCAUGACUAGUAUCAUGGUAUAACUUGGGUAGCGUCAUCCAAAAUUAUCUGCUGAACUGACAUCUAUUCAGUUUCCUAAAACUAAAGUAACAAGCUAACCCUGAACUUUCUUGGAGAAAUGAUGAUUGAAUUGUUCAUCAUUUUGUUUUAUUUUUACAGCCUUCCCUUGACCUGUGCUGCUAGGCAUUGAGCAGUAGGAUUUAAAUGUAGCAGGUUCUGCAUUCUAGCCUUGGGCUGGCCAGAAUUUAUUAACUUUCUUUACUGGAGACUUUAAAAAAAAAAACUUUAGCAUAGAACAUCUUGGAAAAAAUGCGGUUAUUGUGGAGCUUAAAAAAAUAUUGUGAAUAGCCCUUCAACCUUGUUUGAGAUGAAGAACAAGUUUAAAAUAUAAGCUAAACGCAAUACAUUUAGUUAAGUGCUCUAGUCUGAGUGUUAUCUGGUUCUGAUAUCAAUUUUGUAAUUGUUUGAUUUUUAUUUAAAGGGUUGUUCUAAUAUAUUGCAAAACUUAGAAUUAGUUUAUAAAUUUGUUUAUGAAACCAAGAUACUUGGGCAAUCAAUGUAAAAUGUUUAAAGUCUUGUAAAUACAUUUCUAAUAAAACUAAAAAGAAACUACA